AUGGCGCAUAUCGAUUUUAGAAAACCGGCUGUGGUUGGUGUAGAGGACCUUGUUCUACUAACUCAACUUUCAGACAAGGCCAUCGUUGAGAAUCUGAAACUUCGUCAUAGUAAGGACAUGAUAUAUACCUGUAUUGGCCCUGUUUUAUUGAGCGUUAAUCCAUUUAAGAAAAUUGCUAAUCUUUAUGGUGAAGAGCGGAUUGAUUUUUUUCGUAGUGGUGGUAAAAGUGCCAGUGGUACUGUGAGUAGCAACCACGGUGGUCCGCAUAUAUUUGGAUUAGCAGAGGAAACUUAUCGAACCAUGGUAUCUGAAGAGGAAAAUCAGUGUGUUAUUAUUUCGGGUGAAUCAGGGGCAGGAAAGACAGAGGCAUCUAAACAGAUUAUGCAGUACAUUUCAGCAGUUUCUGGAAAUACACCGGAGAUGCAACAUGUUAAACACAUUAUUCUGGAGUCAAAUCCGUUGUUAGAAGCCUUUGGAAAUGCGAAGACUGUACGUAAUGACAAUAGUUCUCGUUUUGGUAAGUUUUUUGAAAUAUUUUUUGACCGAAUGGGUGGACCUAUUGGUGGACAUAUGUCCAAUUUUCUUUUGGAGAAAUCUCGUGUGGUUAGUCAACAGAAGGGCGAACGUAACUUUCAUGUAUUUUAUCAAUUAUGUCAUGGUGCCGAUCAAACACUUCGAAAAGAAUUAAAACUUCGAGAUCCAGAUGAGUUUUUUUACUUAAAUCAGGGCGGUCCCUCAGAAGACCAAACUUGCAUGGACUACGCAAAGGAGUGGAAUGAAACACUAAAAGCGAUGAAAACUAUGUCAAUUGGAGAUUUAGAGCAGAAAUCUAUUUUAAGUAUAUUAGCUCUUAUUUUACAUCUAGGGGAGCUUCAAUUUGUCUCCUUAAGCAAAGAAAAUGAAGGUGGAGCUUUUGUAGUUUCAAACCGUGAUGAACUGGAUUUUUGUUCUUUUCUCUUAGGAGUAGAUACAAAUAGUCUGGAGCGAGUUCUCACGUGGAAACGUCUUGAGAUGGGUUCAAGUGAAGUGGUAGAUGUUCCAUUAGACAUGCAGCAAUGUCAAAAUGCUCGGGAUGCUAUCGCAAAGGCUUUGUACCAUCACUUGUUUGAUUUUAUCGUGGAGUCUGUAAAUAAGGCAUUAGGGGAAAAACAAUAUGAUUUAAUGCUGGGUGUUCUUGAUAUUUAUGGGUUUGAAGUAUUGGAAAAGAAUGGUUUUGAGCAGUUUUGUAUCAACUAUGUGAAUGAGAAGCUUCAACAGAUCUUUAUUGAGCUUACUUUAAAAGUUGAGCAAGAAGAAUAUGUGAGAGAAAAGAUACCAUGGGAAGAAAUCAAAUAUUUUGAUAAUAAAGUUGUUUGUAAUCUUAUCGAAAGUACAAGUCCACCAGGACUUUUUGCUAUUAUUGAUGAUGUUUGCGCUACUAUGUCAAAAGAAAAAGAACUAGUAGCUGAUAUCAAAAUGCUUGAUAAACUGGACGCCACACAUUCUGGUAAUCCACAUUUCAAGAAAACAGAACGGGGGUUUUUCAUUAAACAUUACGCAGGUGAUGUUCAUUACAAUGCGGAAGGGUUCAUAAAUCGUAACAAAGAUUUUCUUAGUCUUGAUGUAGUAGCGUUGUUAAGAUCUAGUUCAAAUAGUUUUUUGUUAAAAAUACUUGCUGAUAUUCUAAAUGAUGUGGUAGAAAGUGGUAAUAGUAGUAGUGGUGGUGGUGGUGGUAAGAAAAAACGAAGCUCAACAGCAGGGUUUAAGAUACGUCAGCAAGCUACCAAUCUUGUAAAAAAAUUAAUGAACUGUAAUCCACAUUAUGUACGUGCCAUUAAAUCAAAUGAUGAUAAACGCCGUGAUUAUUUUGAUGAUGCACGGGUUUUGCAUCAAGUAAAAUACUUGGGGUUACUUGAAAAUAUUCGUGUUAGGCGGGCAGGUUAUAGUUAUCGUCAAUAUUUUGAUAAAUUCUUAAAACGUUUUAAGUAUAUUAGUCCAAUGACUUUUCCACGUCCUUUUAGAGGAUCUGAUAUCGAUGCUUGUGCUGCUAUUUUACAAUAUGUAACUGAUACCUUGCCACAAGGUUCAUGGCAAUUAGGUCAACACAAAGUGUUUAUUCGACACCCCCAACAUCUAUUUGCUUUAGAAGACUUGCGUGAAAAUGCUUUGAAUAAUGUUGUUUACAAGAUUCAACGGGCAUGGCGUCGUUAUCAGCAAAAUAAAGAAGGUAUUAUUCUUAAAGCAAGUAUGGGACGUUUGUAUGAUAAGGCAGGUAAAGCACGGCGAGCUGAUAGUGUAUUUCGUCCUUUUUCCGGUGACUACCUUGAUUACCGUACUAAACUUGUCCCACUUCACUCAUGUGUGGAGUUUAAUCCUAUUGGAAGUGCUUGGAAAGAGUACUGGACAGAGACAGGGAAACGGUAUUACUAUAAUUUAAUACUUCAACAGAGUCGAUGGGAACGUCCACGAGAAAUGUUUCCACAGAAAAUCAUUUUUACUGCCUUUAUUGAGCGUGUUAUUGACCAUAAUAAGGCCUUACUUGAGAAAGUUUUUUUUAUUCUGACUGAUUUAGCCAUAUACAUUAUUCAAGAAAAAAUGGAAACUGUUACACAACCGGUUGAAAAACCUACAAGAAAAAAUCCUCGGCCCGCACCUCCUUCAACUUCUACUGUAAUAAGGUAUAUUCUACAGAAACGGCUUGAUCUACGUCUUCUGUCAAAGAUAUCUGUCACGACACAUGCUGAUACAAUUUUAUUGCUACAUUUUUAUCAACCUUCUUUACCUUAUCGACAAGUUGUGUAUACAUCUAUUAAGCGUGCCAGAGAGUGUGAGUGUUGUGGUGGCAAACUUUCACCUGCUGCGAAGAAGGAAAACUGCCCUGGAUGUGGUCGUGUCUGCUGUGUUAAAAACUGUUUGCCCUAUACCCGACCACUUCCAACACUGCUCGGCCACACCAAGCCUGUUCGUGUCUGCCGUAAUUGUCUGCAAGGGGAGCCCUAUGAGGCUGUGGAGGACGUUGUGCUCAUGACCCCCAUGAAGACGGAGCUGGCGGCCCUGCUGCGCAGGACGUACCGCCAGCGGAUGGGCAACAGAGUCCCCAUGCAGGUGGGCGACUCCCUCGCGUACCAACUCGCUGGCGAGCCGCAGCCCCGCCGCCUCGCCGCCACGUCGUCCCCCGCCGCCUCCGAGACGGCCAUCGCCCCGGCCGUCGGCGGCCUGACGGUCUGCGCCCCGCCGGGAGUCCCGCCGGAAGUCCUCCGGGCACUCGCGGCCAAGCGGGACGAACGGCGGGCGGCUGCGGCAGCGGCGCGGCGGGAGGAGGCGGCGGCCGAAAGGGACCGCGAGGCGGCGCGGGAGCGGGCGCGAGAGGAGGAACAUCAAAAACUCCUACAGGAACGACGUCGGGCAAGGGAGAUGCGAGGAGAAGAGGCGGAGGUCGCAGGGUAA